UUCUUCUCGACUUUGGUUUUAAUAUAGUAAAUAUUGGUAAUUAAUGGUCUCAUCUCAUUUGUCAGUUUGUGGGGUGGCGGGGUCAAAAUGCUACGGAUAUACCGGACGUCCGAUCUUCAUCUGGAUGAUGGCACCUCAGAUGGUAUCGAAGCUUCAUUAGCACAGAACUUCUUCUGCAGACAGAAACAUAUUCGAUACGUAAGUGUUGCUUCAAAUAAUAGCCAUGGCGUCUCUUGAAGAGUACUCAACUAUUCCGACUUCUGAUCAUGAUCACGACGUACAAUCCCAUGAUACAGCGUACAGCACCUUGGAGAAGUCGAAAUACCCAAUCAACUUUUCGAGAAUCUCAUGCGUACUCAUAUCUAGCGGUCUGUUUCUUAUGACUAUGUUGUUUGUCGUUAGUCACAUCGGUCAACUCACACAAUACCCCAAGUUGAAAAUAUGUGACAAUCCCAUUGUUCGUCGCGAAUGGCGCUCCCUUAGUAGAAAUGAGAAGCACGAAUAUUUCGAGGCAGUGAACUGUCUUCGUAGCAAGCCAUCCAUGCUAGGAACCAACCACUCGCUAUACGAUGAUUUUGGCUACUCGCAUAUACAGAUUGGCAAUUACACACAUGAAACUGCCGGAUUCCUGCCCUGGCAUCGUUAUUUCAUUCACAUUUACGAGCUGGCUUUGAAGGGCCAAUGCAACUACACUGGGUAUCUAGCUUACUGGGACUGGGAGCUAGACUGGUCAGACAUCGAAACAUCACCAAUCUGGGAUAACGAGGACGGGUUUGGGGGUGAUGGAACGGGGGAUCUCAGUGUAGGGGAAGGAAGAUGUGUAACCGAUGGACCCUUUGCAAAUAUGACCCUUUUUUAUUACGAAGAUAGCGAACAAGAGCAUUGUCUAUCUCGCGGCUUCCGACAUGGUUCUGAGAAAAAUCAGUUUGUUACUUCAAGACUCCAUCCAUCAUCUCUGCAGAAAGCAUUCAAUUCCCCUGACUAUAGAGGUUUUAAUCUUGCCUUGGAAGAUGGUGCACAUCGUGCUAUACCUGCAUUCUUGCAGGGCGAAUUUGGAAGUUUUACGUCCCCUAAUGAUCCGAUCUUCUUCCUUCAUCAUACACAAAUUGAUCGUUUAUGGUGGGAAUGGCAGAAAGUUGAUCCAGAAAGAAGGCUAAGAGACUACGGUGGAAAGGCAGGUACAAUCGAAUCCACCAGAGAAGCAUCGAUUGAUGACCUUCUUCAUGUCGGUAGUCUGGGACGAACAAUAGCUGUGUCGGAAAUAAUGAGCACGGAGACAGAAAUACUAUGUUACAUAUACUAAGUCAAAUGAUUCAUGGCAUGA